AUGGCAGAGCCUUCGCUGCCCCUCUCCUUCCUCUGCCUCCUCGCCUUGUCCUCCGCCUGCUACAUCCAGAACUGCCCCCGGGGCGGGAAGCGGGCGCUGGCGGACACAGCUCUGCGACAGUGCCUGCCCUGCGGUCCCGGCAACAGAGGGAACUGCUUCGGGCCCGGCAUCUGCUGCGGAGCGGAGCUGGGCUGCUACCUGGGCACGGCGGAGACGCGGCGCUGUGCCCAGGAGGAUUUGCUGCCCUCGCCCUGCCAGCCCGGCGGGCAGCCCUGCGGCUCCGGGGGCCGCUGCGCCGCGCCCGGCAUCUGCUGCACCGCCGACACGUGUGCCAUGGACAGCGGCUGCCUGGACGAGGGCAGCGAGGGCGCUCAGGAGGCGGCGGAGGAGGAGAAGAACCUGACGGUGCUGGAUGGCUCGGCCGGAGAUCUGCUCCUCAAGCUCAUGCACUUGGCAAACCGGCAGCAGCAGCAGGGCAAGCACCCCCUGCUCUGA